GUCAAACGUCGCAUGUGCUCUCUCUAAAAAAAAUCUCUGUUUCUAUUAGAAUCAAGGUGGAAAGGAAAAAGAAAAGAAAAGCAACGUUCAGUAGGGUUCUCACUGCUACGAUUUUCGCUACUUCUAAGGCGUUCUCCUUCUACCUCUGUUAGAUCUAUGACGUUUCCUCCUUCUAUUAAUUCGUUGUUAGCUGUUCGAUUUUGACACCAUAGGUUCUUGCUACGAUUUUAACUUUGUGGUUAGCAGACAAAUCUGGUCGCCGGCUUUUACUUAUUGUUUCUUCAUCUGCAAUGGCUUUGAGUCUUUUGGUUGUUUCAAUAUCAUUCUACUUGAAGGAAUAUAUAUCACCAGAUUCUGAUUUAUAUGCGACAUUGAGCCUCGUAUCGGUGGUUGGAGUUGUGGUCAUGGUUAUUGCAUUCUCUCUAGGAUUAGGAGCAAUGCCAUGGAUUAUAAUGUCUGAGAUUCUUCCGAUUAACAUCAAAGGCCUAGCUAGAAGUUUUGCAACACUUGCCAAUUGGUUCUUUUCCUGGUUGGUUACAUUAACAGCAAAUUUGCUCUUGGAUUGGAGUUCGGGAGGAACCCUCACAAUAUAUACUGCAGUGUGUGUUUUCACAGCAGGAUUUGUUGCCAUUUGGGUCCCCGAGACAAAGGGAAAAACUCUUGAAGAAAUACAACAGUUUUUCAGAUGAAGUUUCCUUUCGAGUAGCACUUCAGUUAGUGUUCACUCAUGUAUUCACAUUCAUAUUUUUUUUCUGAAUCAACUCAAUUCCUUUUUGUGCUCUUUGGUCUUGUUAAAUAUGAAAAAUACCAAAACAGUGUGAUUUUCUAAUCUAGCAGCAUACUUGCAUUUUUGUUGUAAUU